CCAAAUUAAUACCAAUUCCUCUCAGCAUUCGAUAUAAACUUUUGGCAUAUUUUAUCAUUCUUUGUCAAACCUUCUGUUAACGUAGCAAAAUGGAGGCUAGGAGGUUCACUAUAGCUCUCUUCUUUGUCUUCUUACUCUCAAAAUCCUACGCUUUGUCCUCUAGAAAAGAUGGAGCUCGAAGCCCCUGUAAAAAAUUAGUCUUUUAUUUCCACGACAUUAUUUACAAUGGCAAGAACUCCAAAAAUGCAACUUCUGCUAUUGUGGGCGCACCAGCUUGGGCUAACAAGACCAUCUUGGCUGGCCAGAACCAUUUUGGUGACCUAGUUGUGUUUGAUGAUCCCAUUACACUAGAUAACAAUCUACACUCAACACCAGUUGGCCGUGCACAAGGGAUCUACUUAUAUGACAAGAAAGAAAUUUUCACAGCUUGGCUAGGCUUCUCCUUUGUUUUGAACUCUACUGAGCAUAAGGGAAGCAUCAACUUUGCCGGGGCUGAUCCACUGAUGAACAAGACUAGAGAUAUUUCAGUGAUUGGUGGUACGGGUGACUUCUUUAUGGCCAGAGGAGUAGCCACUUUGAUGACUGAUGCAUUUGAGGGUGAAGUUUAUUUCAGGCUUCGUGUUGAUAUUAACUUGUAUGAGUGUUGGUAACAAGAAUAGUUUGCUUGAGUUAUUUGCCACUACCUUCUUUUGGCUCAGCAUCUCCUUUAACGUAAAGGGUUUCAGAAAUGAAAUAAUUUUUAUUA